GCAGUGGGAACAGACAUGACCAUGUCUUCGGCUUCGGUCUUCGCGCCGUCGCGUAUCGCCUCGUUGUUGCGGUGCUCCGCCGCCGAAUCCAGCAGCAGCAACGGCAGCAGCAAUGGCAUGACUUCCAGCCACAAUUCUGUGACGCUGCCGCAACAGUCCGGUUUCGCAGUGCAGCCCCUGUCGCUGCACCAUGGUGAGGUUUUGUGCUCUUCCUCGCCGGCCGUGUCAGUGCUUCACCCGGAUCUGGAGUUUGUCAAUGUCAUGUACUUCAAAGGUAGCUACAAUGCACAGGUUUUUGUUGGUGAGGAUGAGCCAGCUGAUUCCGUAGUUAGAAGGUUCAGGAGAGCUGUUAUGGCCGCUGGAGUGAUUCCUGAGUGUCGGCGCAGGAGGUUCCAUGAGACUUCACAGGAUAUUGUUAAGCGCAAGCAGAAGGACUCUCAUCGCAGAAAACAGAGUCGAAGGUUCAAUGGACCACGGCCUGAGGGUGGGUUCAGCACUAAGAAGGAAACCAGUGCUGCAAAAGAGGAAGGUGACGACUUUUGGGGGUAUAUCGAGGACUAUGCAUAAUUGUAGACCUUUAUUUUGAACCCAAUCUUUUUUCUGGAGCAAUUCCAUUGUUCUUUUUAGCCUACAUAACAUUUUCAUUAAAAUCAUCUCUUAUUAAAAAGAGAAUUCUUCCUUGA